AUGACCAGCCCCUCCAGGAGUAUCGACGACCACAGACACAUCUAUGAGAGCCCGGCUCACAAGCCAGAGACGUCCAGGUACCGCAGCUGGAGCAGCCUUCGCUUUUCAAGAUGGAGAAGUGGCUCCCAGAGGACCACCCCCCCUGGCACCCCUUCUCCAAAGGUGGAGAAGAAGGGCGAUGUGACCAACACGCUCUUCACCCUGGUCAAGACACACAAUGACGACUACACCGCUGACCCCGAUGGCCUGCUGGACACCAACGGGGAGGGCGAAGGAGCCAGCGAGGACAUCCCGCUGGACCAGUCCACCUACUUCCAGAAGCAGUUUGGCUCCUUGCUGCAGCCUGGGGUCAACAAGUUUUCCCUGCGCAUGUUUGGCAGCCACAAGGGUGUUGCUGCAGAACAGGCCAGGGUCAAGAGCUUCGGAGUGUGGAUCAUCCACCCCUACAGUAACUUCAGGUUUUCCUGGGACAUCGUGAUGCUUCUGCUGAUGAUGAGUAAUCUAGUGAUUUUACCCUGGGGAAUCACCUUCUUUGAGGACCAGAACACUUCACCAUGGAUCACCUUUAACGUCCUGUCUGACACUCUCUUCCUCAUGGACUUGGUUUUCAACUUCCGCACCGGCAUCCUGAAAGGGGACAGCCACAUCAUCCUGGACCCCAAAGAGAUCCGCAUGCACUACCUCCGCACAUGGUUCAUGGUGGACUUCAUCUCCUCCAUCCCCGUCGACUAUAUCUUCCUCAUCGUUGACCUUGAGUCCCGGCACGACUCGUCUGAUGUCUACCGCACUGCCCGCGCACUACGGAUAGUGCGCUUCACCAAGAUCCUGAGUCUGCUGCGUCUUCUGCGACUGUCCCGCCUCAUCCGGUACAUUCACCAGUGGGAAGAGCUUUUCCAUAUGACGUAUGACCUGGCCAGUGCAGUGGUGCGUAUAGUGAACUUGAUUGGCAUGAUGCUGCUGUUGUGUCACUGGGAUGGCUGCUUGACCUUCAUGGUGCCGAUGCUGCAGGACUUUCCUGCAGACUGCUGGGUAUCCAAGAACAAUAUGGUGAAUGCUACAUGGCACAUACAGUACUCCUACGCCCUGUUUAUGGCCAUGAGUCACAUGCUGUGUAUAGGAUACGGCGCCCACCCUCCGGAGGGCGUGAGCGAUGUGUGGCUCACCAUGAUCAGCAUGGUUGUGGGGGCCACCUGCUACGCCUUGUUCCUCGGCCAUGCAACGACCCUGGUUCAGUCUUUGGAUGCGUCACAUCGUCAGUAUCAAGAGAAGUAUAAACAAGUGGAGCAGUACAUGUCGUUCCAUAAACUGCCAGCAGACGUGAGACAGAGGAUCCAUGAUUAUUACGAGCAGCGAUUCCAAGGCAAGAUGUUUGACGAGGACAGCAUCCUCGGAGAACUCAGUGAUCCGCUCAAGGAGGAGAUAGUGAGCUAUAACUGUCGUGGGCUGGUAGCCAACAUGCCACUGUUUGCCAACACUGACCCUCAUUUUGUGACAGUGAUCCUGACCAAGCUGCGUUUCGAAGUCUUCCAACCGGCAGACUUGAUUAUAAGAGAAGGAACAUUGGGUCGGAAAAUGUACUUUAUCCAGCACGGCACCGUCACUGUCGUCCCGCGUGGCAGUAAGGAGAUUAUGCUCAGCGAUGGAGCGUACUUUGGUGAGAUCUGCCUUCUCACCCAGGGACGACGCACAGCCAGCGUGAGGGCCGACACAUACUGUCGUCUUUACUCCCUGAGCGUGGAAAGUUUCAACGAGGUGCUGGAGGAGCAUCCUCUGAUGAGGAGGGCCUUCGAGAGCGUAGCUGUCGACCGACUGGGACGGGUCUCACGCAGACCCAGUUACCAGCCUCCCCCAGCAGAGUGA